AUGACACAUGGUAAUUAACAUUACAAUUAUUAGUAAUUGUCAGUGGACCAAGUGAUUUCAAUCUUGAAACAGUUGCCAUAAACAACAAUGGAAUUUGGUUAAAUAGAGUAGUAUUCUAAAAACAGAAAGAUAAAGAAAUAAGUGUAAAAUUUGUUCAUAUUAAAUGUUGCUAAUAGAAUACAUAUAUGAUAGACAGUAAUUAUAAUAACAAUAUUAGUCAAUUAAAAUUUAUGGGGUUUUGGUGAAUCUUUAUAUGGAUAAUUAGGAGAGAGAGUUUCAUCGAUUAAAACACCAAUUAAUAUAUCAAAAUUAAUGAACUUAUAGUUUUUGAAAAUAGAUGGAGGAAUAGAUUUUGUGAUAGCAUAUGCCACAACUAGGCAAUUGUAUAUAUGGGGAAAUAUUCCAGGAUUGAAGUUUAGUUAAUUAUUAAAAACUGAGAAAGUUUCAUAUUUAAAGGAUAUAUAAGGAAAAUCUUAUGAGAUUAAAGGAUUAAAUAUAACAAAAUAUUUCAAUUAAUAAAUAAUAGAUGAAAAAAGUAAUGCUUCUUCAUUACAUUCAACUAGAAGGAAUUCUAAAUUUAAUUUAAAGUAUAUUGUUGACAUAUAAGAUUAUUCUGCAUAUAAUAGCAUUCUUUUUAUACUAACUAAAAAUUUGAUGUUAUAUUCAUUUGGUAAAUAGAUAGAUACAUAGAUUCAAUUUAAUGGAAUAUCUUGUGGUCCAUUUCAUACAUUAGCUUGGGAAGAGAAUGGAAAUGUUUGGAGUUGGGGUGAAUUUUAAGAUGGAAAGUUAGGUUAUAUGAGAUUUGAUAUAACUGAAUAGAAGGAGCCUAAAUUAAUCAUAGAUUUUAAGGCAAAAGCAAUUUAAUGCGUUUGUGGAGCUAAUUAUAGUAUAGCACUUGAUGUUAAAGGAGAUAUAUAUACUUGGGGUAAAGGACCUUUUAAAAUUGAUUUAUCAAAAGCAACAAUGCCAAGUAAAAUAAUUAAAAAAAAAAGUCCAUUUAUUAAAGUAGCCGCAGGUCUUGAUCAUUUUGGAGCUUUAAAUAGUUCUGGUUAACUUUAUGUUUGGGGAAGUAAUAAAAAAGAUAGUAUAUUUAAUUUACCAGAAGAAGUUUAUCCACCAGUUCCAUUAGAAAUCUAAUUAAAAAUUAUUGAUUUUGAUAUGGGUCCAUAUAACACAGGAUUAAUUGUUUAGGUAUAAAAUAAAAUUAAUUUACCACUUCUUAAUUUUGAACACUUCAAAACUGAAUAAUAUAAAGUAAUUUCAGAAGAAGCUUCUUUAAUUUAAACUUAUGUAAAUAAAAAGAAUGCUAUAGAAUAUGAAAAGAAAAAAAGUGAAGCCACUUCACCUAUUUAAUAAAAAUAAUCAGUUUCACCUAUUUAAUAAAAAUAAGAAUCUUAAGAUAUUAAUAAGUUUAUUCGAAAAAAUAAAUCAUUAAAAGGAAGUUAAUCAACUAUAUUUCUUAGUUCAACCUCAUUAAACUAAAAAUUAAAAAACUAAUUGAAAUUUCCUAUUCUAUUUGAUGGAGUUCAUGCAGAAGUAUAAAAAAUGGAAUAAGAAAGUUAAUUAUAUAUACCUAUUCAAUAUUCUAAUACUGAUAGAGUUGGUAAAGAUCCAUCGUAAGAAUUUAUUGAAUUAGAUGGAGUCAUUUAAACAGAUAAUGAUUAAUUAAAAUAUGAAUACAUAUAAUUAGUUAGAGAAAAAGAUGAAGAAGGUCUUCUCUUAUCUAUAUUAAAUUAAGUCGAAGAAAAAAAACAAGAUUUACAUUUGAAAAUGCCAGAGAGAGUUUAAAUUAACUAAUUUAGAAAUAAAUUUAAAAUAACUAAACCAGUUUUUCAUGAUAAAUAUGAUUAAUUUGAUAAAAGCAUUAUCUAAACUACUAAAGAAUAAAUUUAACUUCUACAUUAUGAAAGAGCUUAAAAACUUUUGUAGAAAAAAAGAUAAAGAGAAUUAGAAUUUGAAAGAAUAAGUUAAAUUAGUUUAUAAUCAAUUAAACCACUUUUAAAUAAAGAAUAAAUAUUAGAGUCUAUUAAAAUAAAAGCAUAAGAGAAUUAAUAAAAAGCGAAAUAAGUUUCAUAAAAAAAAGAAGAAAUUUAAGUAGAAAGAGCUAAUCAUUUUACCACAAUUGUAUAUGAAAAGUCUUAAGAAUUCAAAUCAAAAUAAAGAUAGUUUUUAUUAGAAAAGUAAUAAAGGUAAUUUUUAUUCAAAUAAAUAUUGACAUUUCUAAAUAUUUAAAAUAUAGCUUAAAUUUAUAUUGAAAUAAGUCAAACUAUUCUCAAUUAAAGAAAAAGUGAAUUUUUACAAAAUAUUUCUGCAAAAAAAAUAUAGCAUUAUUUUAGAAAAAAAUAUAUUCUUGUUAAAAUCAUGAAUUAACUUAAUGCUACAGCAAGGAAAAUUCUUACGUCCUUUAUUGUUAGAUAUAAAAUUUAAAUAAGAAUAAAAAGAAAAUAAUAAAGAAUAAGAAAACUUCAUAUUUUUCAACUUAGAAAUCAAAUAAAAGUUAAGGUAAUUAUAGGGGUUGCAAAUAUUAAAAAUGCUACAAUUAAAAUAUAACAUUUCUGUUCUUGGUUUAAUAACAGCAUUUCAAUUUAAUUAAGUGUUCUUAAUUAUUUUUGGGAUGAACAUUUAUUAAAAUAGUUUAAAUGUGUAAAUCUCAAUUAAGAAAAAGAAGAAUUAAAAGCUUGUCAAUCAAACUUUACAAAAUUUUUAUAAGAUGAGUUUUCAUAUUUAACUAAUCAAUUGUUAAAUUAAGAGUAAAUUUCAAAAUUAUUGUAUUUAUUUAUUAAAAUUUAGAAAAUUCCCAAGACAUAUUCUACUUAAUGGUCGUAUGUUAAGAGAUUAUGUUAGUAAAUAAAUUGCAAUAAAAUAAGAGAAUGAAAAAAAAUAACAAAAGAUAUUUAAGCAAUCAACUUAAGUGUUAUUACCAUAUACUAGAUUUAUUGAAAAGAUUUAAUUACCAAAUUAAUAUAAGAUAAAAUUAAACUUCUCAUAAGUUUAAUAACUUAAUCUAAUGGAAGAAUUGACUUUAUUAGAAUGCAGAAUAAAAAAAGAUGUUUUAUUUUCAUAUUUGUUAAAGGAAAGAAGAAAAUAUAUGGUUUAGAUGUAAAAAGUAAUUUCAAAUUUACAUUUAGUUUUUUUCUGAUUUAUUAGAAUUUAAAGAGAAAAAUAAGGCAUUAAUAGGCUCAGCAAGAAUAAAAACUUUUUCUAAAUUGACACCUUAGGAAGUAUUAUAUUUAAAAGAAUUGGAUUAAUAAGAGAAGUUAAUGUAUUUAAAAAGAUAAUCUAAUCCCAGAUAUAAAUGUAAAUUUAACUUUAAUCUAGAAAUAACUUCUAAAUUUAUUAUUACAUAAAAGAGAGGACUGAUUCAAUAAAUUAAUUAACUUAAUGAAGAUCAAUAUCCUUAUCCAGGAUUAACAUUUAAGGUUGUAGAGCAAUUGAUGAUAUCAUCAAAGCCAAUAUUUGAGAUUAAUUUAGAUGUAGAAUAAUGGUAUGAAUUAUUCUAAGAGUAUUUUAAUGAAUUUAGAGCAAAAUCAGAAAAAAUUAUUAGCUCAGCAAUAAGGAUAACUACAUUAAAAAUUAAAUAAGAAAGCCCAUACAAGAAGAGAUCCUAAAUGAUCUGA